UACCCCGCAGCGUUCAAUUGUGAUUUUCCACCUACGAGCUGUACCUUUCAACAUAUCCAAGCGACAUCCCAAACGAGAAUUAGAGAGUUACAUUGUUCCUCGAGACUUCUAGGUUGAUCCUUCGAGGCUUGGCAUCGAAUCGAGUACGCUCACACGAUCAUCACGUCGAACCUAGCUCGAACCAUGAGCUACACAAACUAUGUCGCAUACCAAGAUCCUAGGACAUAUCAAGAACGGAUCGGGCAUUUUGAUCUGUCCAAUCAGACAAUUAGGCCUCUGAGCUUCAAGUCUGGAACCUCUGUCGAAAACCUCUACCAAGUCAUUGAAGUGGGCGAGGACAAUAUCAUUAGCGCUGGCGAGCCACUAGCAGCUUCGACGACGAAGAUCCUACCCCCACUCACAGGACGCGAUGUACUUUGCGUAGGGAAGAACUAUGCGGAACAUGCGAAGGAGUUCAAUAGCUCUGGAUUCGACAGCUCCGACAAGGUCGAUCAGCCAUCGCAUCCUGUCAUCUUUACCAAAAGGUUCACAUCGAUUAUCGCAGAUGGCGAAGAAAUCUACCCUCAUCCAGAGUUUACCCAAACCGCAGACUAUGAAGGUGAAAUCGGCGUCAUUAUCGGAAAACCUGGCUUCCGCAUCUCUGAAGCAGAAGCCCUAGACCAUGUCUGGGGUUACACGAUCAUCAAUGAUAUGACCGCACGUGAAAGACAGCGCGACCACAAGCAGUUCUACAUCGGCAAGUCACCAGACACCUUUUGCCCAAUGGGCCCUAUCGCUGUUCCAGCAUCAAAACUCGAUAAAGUCCUUCGGGUACAGACAUAUGUCAAUGGCGAGCUUCGUCAGAAUGCUACCACAGAUGACCUCAUUUUCUCCAUACCUUACUUGAUCAAGACGAUGUCCGAAGGACAAACACUAGUGCCUGGAGAUGUUCUUGCAACUGGAACGCCUGCCGGUGUUGGCAUUGGAAGAACGCCGCCUGUAUACCUCAAGCCUGGGGACACAAUAGCCGUAUCAAUUAAUGGCUUGGGUACCCUGACUAAUCGCAUCGCAGAUGUGGGAUCCGCGAAUCCUACUAGAAGUCAGGUAGAGAGAAGGACACAUCUCACAUCUACCAAUGCCACUAAAACAGCAGGCUCAUCCGUGCUGACACAGAUCAACAAGAAGCCCUUAUAUUACAAGUCGCUCGGCUCAAGUGACAAACCGCCUAUCGUCUUCGUGCAUGGUCUUGGAGGAAGCCAUGAGUAUUUCGCACCCCUCAUUCAAUCCACAGGAAUUGAAAGACGCCAUUCCUUGCACUUGCUCGAUCUCGAAGGCCACGGACUGUCUCCGACCUCACCUUUGAGCAAGCUCAGCAUCGAAUCAUUCGCCGAAGACCUGGACGGCGUGUUCCAGCACGCAGACAUCAGAUCCGGAGCUACGAUUGUCGGACACUCGCUCGGGUGCCUCAUCGCAGUACAAUUCGCCCUCCGUCACCCGGAAAAAGUCUCAAAGCUCGUCCUCUUCGGACCCCCGCCGUCUCCCCUCCCAGAAGCAUCCGUCCAGGCGUUCCAUGACUUCGCAGCUACCGUCCGCACACAAGGCAUACCAUCCAUCGCAGACACCAUCGUCUCCCUCGCCAUCUCAGCAAAGACGACAGCAUCCAACCCCAUCGUCGCAUCAGCUCUGCGAAUGGCACUGCUCGGACAGGAUCCCGAGGGCUACGCCAAAGCUUGCACGGCUCUUGCGGAAAGCGAGACCCUCGACUUUGCGGCUCUGCAUACGAAGACGCUGAUUGUAACGGGGAGUGACGACCAGAUAUCGCCGCCGGACUUGUGCAAGAGGUAUGUUGUUGGGUCGCUGGGAGGAAAUGCGGGAUUGGAAGUGCUGGAGGGGGUCGGACAUUGGCAUGUUUUUGAGGAUCUUCAGGGUGUGGUGAAUGCGAUCACGGGGUUCUUGUAGUGUAGGCGCAUGACUGCAGUUGGCUUGCAGAUUGAUGAGUAAAAGACUGUAGGUUCACGACUCAUUAGCUUCGUCUGCCUAGAUACAAAAGAUCGUGCAUUCAGUAUAGGACAGGCGCCGAUUGGAACGAACCUCAGGCAGAAGCCAUUACCUAGUGUUUCCAUGGGCUAUUUCUCCCGCUCACAAUGCACCCUACAAUGCAU